GCGUAAUUUGGCGUGAACGAGCUGCGCGCCCCCUGACGCGGGCGCACGAGCGAGCAAUGCCCACAGCAGACGCGGACAGAAGGAAAAACUCUUUUUUAAACAUAAUUUAAAAAAUACGAUCUACAACGAGACAUUCAUUCAAUCACGUCCUUCAGGAUGGCAGAUGCUGAGGGAAAAAACGAUACCUGCGGGACAGUAUGCCUCAAAUACCUUCUGUUCAUCUUCAAUCUUUUCUUUUGGCUGGCAGGUGGCGCUGUGAUGGCAGUGGGAAUAUGGACUCUGGUGGAUAAAAGUGACUACAUCAGCCUUCUGUCCUCCAACACCUACUCGGCAGCGGCCUUCAUCCUGAUUGGCGCGGGGGCCGUCGUCGUGCUCACUGGGAUACUUGGCUGCUGUGCCACCAUCAGGGAACAAAGAGGUCUUCUUAGAGUGUUCUUUGUCCUGUUGUUAUUAAUCUUCCUACUGGAGGUCACAGCUGGAUUUCUGGCUUAUGUCUAUUAUCAGGAGUGUUUUCCUCUCUGCUACCAGCUGAACGCUGAGCUCAGAGCCGAUCUGAAAGAGAGGAUGGUGCAAAACUACCAGCAGCCUGGACAAGAGCACAUCACUAGAGCCAUUGACAGCCUCCAGCAAGACCUGAAGUGUUGUGGCAGUAACAGCUCAGCAGACUGGAGGGAAGGGGCCUGGAUUCAGAUCUUUGCCGACGGACGCCUGGUGCCCGACAGCUGCUGUAAGACCCCCACAGUGGCCUGUGGAGUCAGAGACCACCCAUCCAACAUCUACAAAGUGGAGGGAGGUUGCAUAUCCAAACUAGAGGAGUUUAUUCUUCAGCAUCUGAUCGUUUUGGGCUCAGUGGGUCUUGGGAUUGCGUUCAUUCAGAUUGUAGGGAUGAUUUUUACCUGCUGCUUGUAUCAAAGUUUGAAAGAAGAAAUAUACUGAUGAUAAGAUACUAAUUCACACCAACACCAAAUAAACCUUCCUGCUGUCUGCACGACUGUCUGCUGCUGUUUGGUUUGAUGUUGUGUGUCAUGAAUAUGUCACAAUAAUGCAGGGUGACAGGUCAAUAUGUCUUGGCUACAGGACAGUCCUUCUGGAAAGAGAACUUAAUUUGCUUUGUUUUAAGCAAAGAUUUUUAAAAGCAGUGCGUUUAAUUUUUUUUUUUUUUUUUUUUUGCAGUACAAAUAAAUCAGUGGAAUUGUUUCAUCAUAAUUCUGUUCGGUUCUCUCUCACAGUGCCUUCAAAUACAUACAGAAUUCGUCUGCCACUGAUUAUUAAACAUUAGAUAAUUAUCGGCACCCUUUCAGCAUUAAAAAGGGUUGUAAUCUUUGUUAUUGGUUUAAAUGACAGACAUGAAUUUUUACAUCCAUUGUAUGUAACAUUUGUUCCAUUAAUAAAACAUUAAUUUAUUUCCAUCACAUGGAAGUAAUAUUCAAGGUA